AUGUUGAGGAGAAGAUUAAGGUAUUUAUUUACACGAUAUUAUUUGAUUAACCUGAAGUUGUGUGUACUGCUGGUAUUCGGUACUAUAUCAGUAGGAGAAGUUGGUUGCUUCUUAUGGAAAUUCUUUAGCUGGCGGAUCCCUGAACCAUCCAGCAGUUCACUAAAUCUUCUUCUUAUCUCUGACUCACAAAUACAGGUGAGAUUGAUCGUUUAUAAUUGGAGGGGUGUAAAGGGAGUUACCCUAAGGCUAUGGAGACACAAUAGGUGGUUUUCACGUUACGUCAUCGCCGCCAUGCUGGUGGACGGUAAACAAAAGAUCGCUCAUUAGCUCGUUUUGUUUGUCCACCAGCAUUUGUUCAUUUCACCAUUGUUAUUUGUCUCUCCUGAGACUGCAUGAAAACCACCUAUAUUAGAUAGCUUUUGAGGGGCCACAAAAAUCAUACUGGAUAGGGCUUCUGGUUACACACAAAAAUGGUUGUGGCAAUGUGAUUUCUAUAAUGGCAAACGAAGCUGCGCUGUGCCAAUCUCUAAAGCCUGGUUUUCACUAGUACAUAAACAUAAGCACAAGCACAAGCACAAGCACACGUGUAAGCAAGUGAAAACUGGGUCGACAUAAGCAUAAGCAUAAGCACAAGAAAAACGGACAAGUUCGUUCUUCUUGUGUUUGUGCUUAUGCUUAUGUCAUAGCUUUGACUAGUGAAAACUGGGUCGAAAUAAGCAUAAGCAUAAGCAUAAGGCCAUGGACCAAUCAUAGGUCACUUUGACCCCGACCUCAUGCGAACAUUUGAAAAGCAAAUUAUAUGGCGGACGCUACCAUCUUGUUUAUCAUUGGGUUGAGUAGAGCUGGUAUCGAGAAUUGAGUCAAAUAUACCAUUCUACGCGUGCAUAUGUCCUUAUGCUUAUAUGCUUGCACUAGUGAGAUCCAGACUUAAAGUGGAGAGUCACAUAUGGGAUAGGUGUUCAUACUAUACUGGAUAGCUUUUUGUGGCGCCCCGAAAAGCUAACCGGUAUAAUGUGCCAUAGCCUUAGGUACUCUCACCUCCAUUUUUCUUUUGCUGGGUAUUUACUGGUAAAAAAACAAAGAAUUAAUAAAGCCAUUUAUUUUUAAAUUUAUUACUAAUCCUGCAUGUCAAUUUUUUUUUUCAAGCUAGUUAAAGUGACUUUCAGGCUGGUACAUGCUAGCUACAGCUUGCCCUUUGGGGCUGUAAAACUAACUUUCUUUGCACCCUGAUUGUUAUGUCUUGUUUUUAACUUGUACUAUUCUUAAAGGUGUGGUCUGGCCCUCUGUCACUGUUGUAUCAGUGUACCAAUAAGCUGCCAUUAUCUAACUUUUUAAAUUACCUUUACACAAAAGUGCCUACCAUAGAAAGCUUUCCUACUGAUGUUCUUAAGGUGGUUCAGUCAUUUAAAUAUAUCUUCAACUUUGGUUGCGGGUGAUAUGAGAUAAUAUAAAGCGAGGUUUGUAAAUCAAUACUUGACACUUUCCUACAUUCCAGUCAAUACUCCCCAAGGUACUUUUAUCCUUAGGCACACCAAAUAUUUAUGAGUAGAAAUAACAACAAUGCCUUUCUUAAAUUUUUGGGGUAAAAAUUUGUGUCUACCUGGUCCAUUAGACAGGCAGUGUCUUAUAUUAAGCCCUCCCACCCUGUAUUGAGGUGGUCAUUAUCAAGUACACUAGUUAAUACCACUUACCUAAUUUAACUAGCGUUCAGUUUAUGUUGAUCUAUGCAAUUCUGCAGGGCUUUAGGAAUGAACCAUCAGGUAUUCUGGGAAGCAUAACCCGCCUAGAUGCUGACUGGUAUUUACAGAAAGCCUUCAUGUUGUUAAUGAUGGUAUUUACCCCUAAUGCAGUCAUUCAUUUAGGUAUGACCGAACCCUGUCACUUCUUUGUAUCAUAAGUAAUCCAGUCGAUAAAAUUCCAAUUCUUGUAGAACUUUGCCGUUUUUAGGUGACAUAUUUGAUGAAGGAAACAUUGCAACCGAUGAUGAAUUUCUGCAUUAUAAGGUAUUACCAGUAAGAUUAAGUUAAGAACACUUGACUUUCUGUGAAUUAACCCUGCAAGUCCCAAUAUCCACAUAUAAAUUCUCCCUACUGAUCUUCAUAUAUUUCCUUAAAGAAUUAAGUGAGAGAGUUUGGUAACAGAUCAAAGCAUUUUCUCUUUAGUGAUCUUUUUGUUAACUCUCAUAACCAUUUCUUUUGGCAACAUUGAAUUUUUAGGAGUGUCUCUUUAUCUUUCAUGCAGGAGUCACUCCCUGGCCUUGGCAAUAAACACAAUUAUUGUGUUUAUCAAGAGAAAGUUGAUGUUCAUUCCAUUGCAUUGCCAUCAGUAAUUGGUGUGUUGCUUGACAAUGAUUUUCAAUGAAUAUUUUCUUUGUCAAAUCCCUAACCAUCACAUAUUUUUGAUUCCCAGACCCGACAUGAUAAAAUCUUCAAUGUCCGUGAUGGUGUUACCAAGAUACAUGUUGCUGGUGACAAUGAUAUCGGUGGUGAAUGGAUGGACAGCAUAACACAAAACCUUGUCUCCAGAUUCUCACAGUACUUUGGUUCCAUCAAUGAAAUCAUUGAACUUAAGACUUUUCAGAUUGUGAAGGUAAGAAAACCCAUUUCCAAAAUUAAGAAAGACAGUUUGGCCUACAGAGACUGACUCAUCUCCAGACAUCUCUUUAUCAUUAGCAUGCAGUCGCUAAUUGGUCGCAGUAGACAAGUAUGGCAACUCUACGGAGGAGAUAACAAUAAUUAGGGAGGAGAAAGAAAUUAGAGACAUUGUCUCACACUUUCUUCCUUGAUCCUGUCUUCCCCUAUGUCAAUUUUGUGCACAGAGCUGCAAGUAAUAGUAUGUCAUUGGACAAUGUCCCACUAAAAUUGACCCAAGUUUUAGAGAUGAAUUCUUGAAUGUUGGUGAUCAUGAUGUCUGGUAAAACUUUAUACAAACAAAUCUCUACUAAUGACCACCUCUCCACAACAGCCACCUCAGUCUCUUUUUUGAAUUUUGAUGGACAGUCCAUACAUUGACUCUUGUUUACCCCUCUCUAUAAUGACAACAGCCACCAAAGUGCAUCCGCAACUGCCAAAUUAAAAUAACCUCUCUACAACAGCCAGUUUAUUCAGUGACUGACGAAAAGUAAAGAAAUGUGAUCGGUAUGGCGAGUCGAUGGUUAAUCGCAGCAUUUUUUCAAUUCAUUUAAGAUUUUAAAUACAGCACUUUUUUGUGAGAACCUUUUUUAGAACUCACUUAGAACAUACCUGAGGCUGAGAGUCCAGUUAUUAAAGAGCAAUCUUAUUUUGCUCAGCCACACAAGCAUUUGACAAGCAACUUGAUACCACCGCAACAAACAAUAUUGAUGAUUGGAUGACCAUUAUAGGCUAAAGCAAGUAUGAACUUGGCACAAUCAACAUGUUGUACUCCUGGGCCAGGUUGUUCGAAGCUGGGUUAAGAUAAUCCUGGGUUAGUGCAAAAUUUGAACUCAGAUAUCAGAAAUUAAAAAGCAAAUUCAGUUUAAUUCUCUUUGCCUACAAUUUGAUAACUGGAUACUCUAAAAAGAAGUGAGAAAAUUAUCUGAGAAAGUGCUUUUGAUAAAAAGAUGAAGAAACCUGGGUUAAAAUUUAACCCCGGGUUAGCGCUAACCGGCGUUCAAACAACUGGGCCCUGGAAAAAAACACCCCUCCCUCCCCAUAAUGGCCACUUCUCCAUGCUGCAACAGCCACUUACUUCUGUCAACCCCCAAGGUUGCUGUUGUGGAGAGGUUCAACGGUGCCAAUGAAUAUCACUUUGCAGAUGAACAUAUCAGGGAUGUGCGGCAUCACAUUUUUAAAGUUGCUAUUAUUAAGCCGGAGAAACCUUGUGAUGAGUUGCCACUUAUGAGUUUUUAAAAACAAUGAAAAAUUAUACUGAAUAUCAUAACUGGAGAAACCUUGUGAUCAGUUGUCACUUAUGAGUUUUGAAAAAUAAUGAAAAAUUAUACUAAAUACCAUCAUACCCCAGAAAAGUGGCUUUGGUUGCUCACAACAGGUAGUCACUCAAGAGACAUAUUGCUUUCAGUGGAAUUAGAUGGUCACACAAAAAUACUGUAUUUCAUGGCAAGAAUAUUAUUUUGUCACUCUAACUUUUAAAUCUCAGGACAAAAUACUGUCAUGUUGCCAUUCAAAUAAACAUUCUUGCUUGAACUUUUGCAUAAUACUUUUGUUGGCUAAAAUGGUCAGACAUGGUCCCUUUAUCAGCAGAGAUUGACUGCGUUUAGUGUGAGCUUUUUUUUGGUUUAUUAUGCCAAGAAAGUUUCUUUUUUAUUUACUACAGGUUAACACGUUAAGUUUAAGAAGAAGUAAGCCAUUUAAGGAUGAAGAAAAAGCUUAUAACAAGACAUUGGAAUUUAUUGAUGAGUUGCCUUCAAAGCUUGACAGGACAAAACCAUCCAUUCUGAUCAGCCAUACAACACUAAAAGGAAUUUCUAACAAAGCAAUCAUAGCGAAGGUGAGGUCAUGUCUACAUGUAUUUUUGUAUUAUUUGUUACCCUAAAUGUAGCUGAUUGUGGUGGUACUUUUUAUUGUGAACUUGUCAAAAUGCUUUGGCCAAACAAUCAAGCUAUAACCUCAGACAAAACUCUUAAGACAGUUCCAUUUAUUUUCUCAUUUAGCACCGUACUACACUCCUCUAAGCAGGACAAAGAAAUUAAGCCCCCUCCCCAGCCCCUAAUUCAAUGUCAUUUUCUAAAAGCUCAUGUGUAUAAUUCUUGUUUAACUGUGAUAUCAAUUACUACAAGUUAUUGUUCUUCGCUCUUUUAACUUAAAAUUUGUAAAAACUAUUGUUUUACUAAUUUUUAAAAAAAAAUUUGGGGGAAUGUGAAAUAAGAAUUUUUCAUUGAAAAGUAAGUUAUCACUAUCUGAUCAUAUAUGCACUAUCAAAAUCAUGGCCUUUUAAUACUCUGCAACUAAAUUAUGCAUAUAAGGUAUUUAGGCACAAACUUAAAAAACAGCUUGCAUGUCCAUUAAUGCCUUGCCUGCCCAAUUGAGUGGCAAAACUUGUACUUGCCAUUCAUAAUGGAUCAUCUCUUGAGAUGAUCCCUGAACCAUCCAGCAGUUCACUAAAUCUUCUUCUUAUCUCUGACUCACAAAUACAGGUGAGAUUGAUCGUUUAUAAUUGGAGGGGUGUAAAGGGAGUUACCCUAAGGCUAUGGAGACACAAUAGGUUGUUUUCACGUUACGUCAUCGCCGCCAUGCAGGUGGACGGUAAACAAAAGAUCGCUCAUUAGCUCGUUUUGUUUGUCCACCAGCAUUUGCUCAUUUCACCAUUGUUAUUUGUCUCUCCUGAGACUGCAUGAAAACCACCUAUAUUAGAUAGCUUUUGAGGGGCCACAAAAAUCAUACUGGAUAGGUCUUCUGGUUACACACAAAAAUGGUUGUGGCAAUGUGAUUUCUAUAAUGGCAAGCGAAGCUGCGCUGUGCCAAUCUCUAAAGCCUGGUUUUCACUAGUACAUAAACAUAAGCACAAGCACAAGCACACGUGUAAGCAAGUGAAAACUGGGUCGACAUAAGCAUAAGCAUAAGCACAAGAAAAACGGACAAAUUUGUUCAUCUUGUGCUUGUGCUUAUGCUUAUGUUGUACUUUGACUAGUGAAAACUGGGUCGACAUAAGCACAAGCAUAAGCAUAAGGCCAUGGACCAAUAUUAUAGGUCACUUUGACCCUGACCUCAUACAAACAUAUGAAAAGCAAUAUGGCGGACACUUCGUCUGCCAUCUUGUUUAUCAUUGGGUUGAGGAGAGCUGGUAUCGAGAAUUGAGUCAAAUAUGCCAUUCUAAGUGUGUGUAUGUCCUUAUGCUUAUGCUUGCACUAGUGAAAACCAGAGUUAAAGUGGGGAGUCACAUAUGGGAUAGGUGUUCAUACUAUACUGGAUAGCUUUUGUGGCGCCACGAAAAGCUAACCGGCAUAAUGUGCCAUAGCCUUAGGUACUCUCACCUCCAUUUUCUUUUGCUGGGUAUUUACUAGUAAAAAAGCAAAGAAUUAAUCAGGGUUGUUACUAAGAUUUCAAGUUGCAGGGUAAAUACAACCAGUAGGCGGGGAAUUUUGGUUCUAUUUUUCUUUCAUUUUCCUAUGAAAGUAGCCAGGGACCAUGUUCAUAGUAGCUGGGGGAAAUCUCCGGCCUCCGCCUCUUAAUGACAGCCUUGAUUAAUAAAGCCAUUUAUUAUUACAUUUAUUACUAAUCCUGCAUGUCAAUUUUUUUUUCAAGCUAGUCAAAGUGACUUCCAAGCUGGUACAUGCUAGCUACAGCUUGCCCUUUGGGGCUGUAAAACUAACUUUCUUUGCACCCUGAUUGUUAUGUCUUGCUUUUAAGUCGUACUAUUCUUAAAGGUGUGGUCUGGCCCUUUGUCACUGUUGUAUUAGUGUACCAAUAAGCUGAAAUUAUCUAACCGUUUAAAUUUCCUUUACACAAAAGUGCAUGCCAUAGUAAGCUUUACUACUAAUGUUCUUGAGGUGGUUCAGUCAUUUAGAUAUGUUUUCAAUGUAAUUGCCGGUCAUGAGAUAUAAUAUAAAGCAAGGUUUGUACAUCAAUACUUUACACUUUUUAUAAUUGGGGCCCUUUUUGAACAAUUAAUUUAAUCAACAGUAUGGGCUGAGCUACUUUAUGUAAGUCAUUACAUUGGCCUGUAAAUGGCAUUCCAGUCAAUACUCUGCAUAGUACUUUUAUGCUUAGGUACACCAAAUAUUAAUAUUUUAUAAGUAGAAAUAACAACAAUGCCUUUCUUAAAUUUGUGGGGUAAAAAUUUGUGUCUAUCUUUUCCAUUAGACAGGUGGUGUCUUAUAUUAAGCCCUCCCACCCUGUAUUGAGGUGGUCGUUAUCAAGUCCACUAGUUAAGACCACUUGCCUAAUUUAACUAGCGUUCAGUUUAUGUUGAUCUAUGCAAUUCUAUAGGGCUUUAGGAAUGAACCAUCAGGUAUUCUGGGAAGCAUAACCCGCCUAGAUGCUGAUUGGUAUUUACAGAAAGCCUUCAUGUUGUUAAUGAUGGUAUUUACCCCUGAUGCAGUCAUUCAUUUAGGUAUGACCGAACCCUGUCACUUCUUUGUAUCAUAAGUAAUCCAGUCAAUAAAAUUCCAAUUCUUGUAGAACUUUGCCGUUUUUAGGUGACAUAUUUGAUGAAGGAAACAUUGCAACCGAUGAUGAAUUUCUGCAUUAUAAGGUAUUACCAGUAAGAAUAAGUUAAGAACACUUGACUUUCUGUGAAUUAACCCUUAAGUCCAAAUAUCCACAUAUCGAUUCUCCCCACUGAUCUUCAUACAUUUCCUUAAAGAAUUAAAUGAGAGAGUUUGAGAACAGAUCAAAGCAUUUUUCUCUUUUCUUUCAUGUGGGAGUCACUCCCUGGCCUGGGCAAUUGUGUUUAUCAAGAGAAAGUUGAUGUUCAUUCCAUUGCAUUGCCAUCAGUAAUUGGUGUGGUGCUUGACAAUGAUAAUUCAAUGAAAAUUUUCUUUGUCAAAUCCAUAAUCAUCACAUAUUUUUGAUUCUCAGACCCGACACAAUAAAAUCUUCAAUGUCCUUGAUGGUGUUACCAUGAUACAUGUUGCUGGUGACAAUGAUAUCGGUGGUGAAUGGAUGGACAGCAUAACACAAAACCUCGUCUCCAGAUUCUCACAGCACUUUGGUUCCAUCAAUGAAAUCAUUGAAAUUAAGUCUUUUCAGAUUGUGAAGGUAAGAAAACCCAUUUCAAAAAUAAAAAAAAAAUCAGUUUGGCUCAUAGAGACUGACUCAUUUCCAGACAUCUCUUUAUCAUUAGCAUACAGUCGCCAACUGGUUGCAGUGGACAAGUAUGGCAACUCUACGGAGGAGAUAGCAUUAACUAGGGAGGAGAAAAAAAUUAGAGACAUUGGCUCACACUUUCUUCCUUGAUCCUGUCUUCCCCUAUGUGAAUUUUGUGCACAGAGCUGCAAGUAAUAGUUUGUCAUUGGACAAUGUCCCACUAAAAUUGACCCAUGUUUUAGAGAUGAAUAAUUCUUGAAUGUUGAUGAUCAUGAUGUCUUGUAAAAAUUUAUACAAACAAAUCUUCACUAAUGACCACCUCUCCACAACAGCCACCUCAGUCUCUUUUUUUGUUUUGACGGACAGUCCAUACAUUGACUCUACUCUUGUUUAAACCUCUCUAUAAUGACAACAGCCAUCAAAGUGCAUCCGCAACUGCCAAAUUAAAAUAACCUCUCUACAACAGCCAGUUUAUUCAGUGACUGACGAAAAGUAAAGAAAUGUGAUCGGUAUGGCGAGUCGAUGGUUAAUCGCAGCAUUUUUUCAAUUCAUUUAAGAUUUUAAAUACAGCACUUUUUUGUGAGAACCUUUUUUAGAACUCACUUAGAACAUACCUGAGGCUAAGAGUCCAGUUAUUAAAGAGCAAUCUUAUUUUGCUCAGCCACACAAGCAUUUGACAAGCAACUUGAUACCACCGCAACAAACAAUAUUGAUGAUUGGAUGACCAUUAUAGGCUAAAGCAAGUAUGAACUUGGCACAAUCAACAUGUUGUACUCCUGGGCCAGGUUGUUCGAAGCUGGGUUAAGAUAACCCUGGGUUAGUGCAAAAUUUGAACUCAGAUAUCAGAAAUUAAAAAGCAAAUUCAGUUUAAUUCUCUUUGCCUACAAUUUGAUAACUGGAUACUCUAAAAAGAAGUGAGAAAAUUAUCUGAGAAAGUGCUUUCGAUAAAAAGAUGAAGAAACCCGGGUUAAAAUUUAACCCCGGGUUAGCGCUAACCGGCGUUCGAACAACUGGGCCCUGGAAAAAAACACCCCUCCCUCCCCAUAAUGGCCACUUCUCCAUGCUGCAACAGCCACUUACUUCUGUCAACCCCCAAGGUUGCUGUUGUGGAGAGGUUCAACGGUGCCAAUGAAUAUCACUUUGCAGAUGAACAUAUGUUCAUAUCAGGGCUGUGCGGCAUCACAUUUUUAAAGUUGCUAUUAUUAAGCCAGAGAAACCUUGUGAUGAGUUGUCACUUAUGAGUUUUUAAAAACAAUGAAAAAUUAUACUGAAUACCAUAACUGGAGAAACCUUGUGAUCAGUUGUCACUUAUGAGUUUUGAAAAAUAAUGAAAAAUUAUACUAAAUACCAUCAUACCCCAGAAAAGUGGUUUUGGUUGCUCACAACAGGUAGUCACUCAAGAGACAUAUUGCUUUCAGUGGAAUUAGAUGGUCACACAAAAAUACUGUAUUUCCUCAAAAUAAUAGAUUUCAUGGCAAGAAUAUUAUUUUGUCACUCUAACUUUUAAAUCUCAGGACAAAAUACUGUCAUGUUGCCAUUCAAAUAAACAUUCUUGCUUGAACUUUUGCAUAAUACUUUUGUUGGCUAAAAUGGUCAGACAUGGUCCCUUUAUCAGCAGAGAUUGACUGGGUUUAGUGUGAGCUUUUUUUUGGUUUAUUAUGCCAAGAAAGUUUCUUUUUUAUUUACUACAGGUUAACACGUUAAGUUUAAGAAGAAGUAAGCCAUUUAAGGAUGAAGAAAAAGCUUAUAACAAGACAUUGGAAUUUAUUGAUGAGUUGCCUUCAAAGCUUGACAGGACAAAACCAUCCAUUCUGAUCAGCCAUACAACACUAAAAGGAAUUUCUAACAAAGCAAUCAUAGCGAAGGUGAGGUCAUGUCUACAUGUAUUUUUGUAUUAUUUGUUACCCUAAAUGUAGUUGAUUGUGGUGGUACUUUUUAUUGUGAACUUGUCAAAAUGCUUUGGCCAAACAAUCAAGCUACAACCUCAGACAAAACUCUUGAGACAGUUCCAUUUAUUUUCUUAUUUAGCACCAUACUACACUCCUCUAAGCAGGACAAAGAAAUUAAGCCCCCUCCCCAGCCCCUAAUUCAAUGUCAUUUUCUAAAAGCUCAUGUGUAUAAUUCUUGUUUAACUCUGAUAUCAAUUACUACAAGUUAUUGUUCUUCGCUCUUUUAACUUAAAAUUUGUAAAAACUAUUGUUUUACUAAUUUUUUUAAAAAAAUUUUGGGGAAUGUGAAAUAAGAAUUUUUCAUUGAAAAGUAAGUUAUCACUAUCUGAUUAUAUAUGCACUAUCAAAAUCAUGGCCUUUUAAUACUCUGCAACUAAAUUAUGCAUAUAAGGUAUUUAGGCACAAACUUAAAAAACAGCUUGCAUGUCCAUUAAUGCCUUGCCUGCCCAAUUGAGUGGCAAAACUUGUACUUGCCAUUCAUAAUGGAUCAUCUCUUGAGAACUUCCACUAGUGAUAGGGGGAAUAGUGGUCAUUAAGUUAGCGAUUGUUUUGACUUUUGCUUCGGAUAACAAGACAGUUUUGUGCAAAGUUGUAUCUAAUUUUCAUUUCACUUUAUGAAUAUGGUUAUUUAGUAAUCUGGUAGAGGGUUUUGCUGCAGAGCGAGGGGGUCGCUGGCCUAAUCCCCUAUCCUGGACUGAUACUCAGGCAGUGGGCGGUCUUAAAAAUUAUCAAUGAAUAAGAAGAAACUGCCUUUUCCUGGCAAACAGCUUUAAAGUCUUUUGUAUGACUCCAAUGACCACAUACGAAUGACAAAUGGGAUAGUUCACAUGUAUAUCACACAAUUCCUCAAAACUGAGUUAGCAGCUUGACUGAUAUACAGAUAUACAUAUUAUCACUCCUGGUUUAUUGUUUUAUGUCCUGUUUUCAUUCCUUCAAGUUAAUUGAUGCCAUCCAACCAACAUAUGCCUUUUCAGGAGAUAUUCAUGUGGUGAGUAUACUGAUGUGAAGACCUUUUUUGAAAUAACAGGACAACAUUUACAAAUUUUGUACAGUCUUGAAUAUCUUAGUAUGUUUGUCAAUCACAUCAAGACUUGUUUGAGGGUUAGGGGAGAGGUGAUUUGAAAUGACUUGAAACUUAAGAUUAAUAUACUAGGCUUUCAGUUAGUAUCAACAGGUUAAACAUCAACUAAACAUGUUUAAUUAAACUAGAGUCCCAUUCAAUUUAGUUAAAGACAGUUUUCACCCUCUUUAUAUAAGACUCUAAAACAAUGACUAUAUGGCAGUAAGUAAAAUGUGUAGUAGGCAUGUAGCCCCAUACCACAUUAAUUGGCAGGUACCUGCAUAACCACAUAGCCAUAAAGCCAGGCUGGUGCAUAGCCACAUUGCCGGGUAGUAAAUAUGUAGCUGCAAAGCCUGCAUAGCUUUGCUGCCUGAAUGUAUCCGGCCUGCACCCACACAGUAGUCACAUAGCCUUGUAGUCAUGUAACUGCAUAGCUACUACAAAACUGUGUUACAACAUAGCCACAAAACCAUGUAGCUGCAUAGCCAAGUAGGCUAAUUAAUCAGUAGUGUGUCUGACAAAACCGCCAUGCCACGCACGCUAGUUACAUGGCUAUGCAGCUCAAGUACAGCUUUUGAGUUUGCCAGAUAUUCUGCAGUUUAAUCUGUUUUGUAGAAAACCAUAACAAAUUUUAAAUAAUAAUGUCUAUCAAGCUCAGUUAAGUUAAAUGACUGAUCAUCACCAUCUCUUCCUGAAAGGACAUGGUGAAACUGUGCCAAGUGGCCAGCAAAGUUUGUGGGCUUCUGGCUCUUGUAUAUGUUACAGGUCAAAAUUAAAUUCAGGUUUUUAAUUUUUAACCCAGGUUGAUUCUCAAUUUCAUUUGUCUCCUCGCCCUAAUUAUUCAUAGAUUAGGUCUAGGAGACAAUGGAAAUUGAGAAUCAACCUGGGUAAAAAAUUUUAACCUGCAACAUGUACAACUCUGCAAAAAUGUGCCAGUUUGGACUCUGAGUCUGAAAUCAUAUUGAGAAAAGUGUCUCCACUGUUUUCUAGCCUGCUUCAUUUCACCACCUUAUUGGAUCCGUCCAUUUAACUGAGUAUGUAGUACCUACAUGUAGCUAUCGAAUGGGAACUGACAAGAUGGGUGCUGCUAUAGCUAUCCUAGGUAAGGUCACUCAAACAUAAUCAUUGGUCAGCAGCCCUCUCUGGCUCCACGUAAAGGGGUUAGGACUGUUACAUGCAUUUGCGCAUGUACUAAAAAUUCUGAAUGUUCUUCAAUUUUUAUUACCUUGACUUCAGCAAAUGGCUUUUAAGAAAUUUUAAAAAAGCUUGUAAAAGCAGAUCUGCCUGAGGAGUUUUAUGAUGAUUGACAUUGCUGUUAAUGCAUGUAAAAUAUAUUUUUCUACUACUUUGACCUUUACAAAUGGCUAGUAGGAAACUAGAAAUUUGACAAAUGGUGUGUUACAACUGAACUGUUAAAAAGCAGUUCUCUUCUUUUGAAAACGUAUUUGAGAACCCUUUGUAUUUUUUAAAUAUGGAAGAAAUCACAGGUGAAUGACUUCAGAAUUGUACCUAGGGUGUGGCCAGGAAGAGGGGGGGAGGGCAAGUGUAGUGGGUAAGAAGCAAUAAUUGCUUCUUACCCAAGUUAUAGAAGUUAAAGGUAUGUGAUUUUAGUUUACAGAUGUUUGUGUAUUCCAGAUUGUUUUAGAAUUUGGGGGUGGGAUCUUGUUGGUUAUUGAAGAAAGGGGAAAACUAGAGGUCUUGGAGAAAAAAAUAUAUUUCGCUGUAGAAAAGAGAACCAAAAGCAAACUGGGUUAAAGCAUAGCAUCUCCUCCACCAUGUUAGUGAUAGGUGAGUGCCCUUACUACUUGCCCUCAUUACCCCUUGCUUCUCCUUAACCUUGACCAUCUUUUGAGCAAUUCAGGCCUGCAUAUCAUUAGAGAGAAGAGGCUGUCCCCCAAAAAGUUUGAUCCAAUUAUUGUAGUAGCUCUUCUUGAAUGAGUAAUCCAUUGGCCUGAAUUUCCAUAAUCUCCUCAAGUUGCAGUCUCUGGAUUGUGCCACUUAAGGGGAGGGCUGAAAUUCAGGCUAAUAGUCCAUUUUAUUAACAAAUUUCUGCUCUUUGUAUGUUUUGUAUGUUUCAGCCCAACGUGGCUGUAUAUCUUUUUGUGAAAUAAUAAAUUAAUAUUGUAUGUGAAAUGAUAAUUAUUAUAUUUUAAUAUACCAUAAAUCCUCUAUUAAGCCACCCAGGGGGCUUAUUUUUUUCAAGCACUUUUGAGGGGGGGCUUAAUAGAGAGGGGGGGCUUAUUUAAUUUAGUGAAAUGCAUCACCUGUAGCAAAAAUACCGUGGUAUGAGACAGAGUAGACUUGCGCAUUGUACAAUUAAAGUCACCGUCAAAAAACAAAAACAAAAUUCUUAUACUUCAAGAAUGUGUUUUCGGCCUCGUGUUCUUUGGUAAUUUUUAUGAGAAUGCUUACUUGUAUUGAUUUGUCGUACAUAACUUACAAACAAAAAUCUCUGGAAAACUCCUCUUAUAUUUAAAUUUUUAAAUGGUGACAAUUCUCCACAGAAAACUAGAGCACAAAAGUUGAGAAAGUUAAGCAUGUGAAGUUGGAGGUCAUGCGGCCAAAGACCAAAAACAAUAUGAACUUCCAGCCUGAAUAAACCAUAACAUACUGAUCAGUCCAUGUUAAUCGUUAAUUUUUUUGUGAAGAAUAAGGAUUGGGGGAGGGGGAAGGGGGGGGGGCUUAUUUGAGAGGAGGGGUUAAUAGAGGAUUUAGGGUAUGUAAUAACAGGUUAGAGACAUAAACCUCUUCCUACAAUUAUUGUAGGAAGAGGUAUAUUCCUCUAACCUGUUAUUACAUGGAACCUUAUGUGGCACUUAAUAAACCUGAUACUGUGAUUUAUCUUCUAGGUACUGAUGGUUCCAUAGACUAUUCCAUUCUUUCACUGCCAGUGAGAUACCCAUUUUUCCGUGCAUACUUGGUUGUCUUAGCGUACUGUUUGGUGUCAUUUCUUUGUUGGUUAAUUUCAAAUGCUUUUAGAAUACUUCCCAAUACAAUCUGUUGUCUGUUAUCACGAUAUCGCUGA